AAUCCAAAUUUAUGAAAACGUGUCAAGAGACAAAAGGAUAAAGCAGAGUAAAGAAAAUGAGUGGCUGGUGAAGUUAACAAAUUGCAGCUUCUCCUUAGAACUGAAGCUUUUGAUUGAGUUUAGUAGGGUCAGUCAGUGACAAGGACAACCCUCUUGGCGGUGCUUCACUUUCUUCAAUUACCACCUCAACAAUAUCUUACUUCAGAUUCAUUUUUCUAUAUUAAGCAACCCUUUUUUUAUUUUAACAUCUUAGUAUUAAAAAAACAUCCAAAUCAAACAUUUUAACAUUCAUAGUAUUUCUAUGUACUAGGAGCCGUUGAAGCUGGCAAUUUCAAUAUCCCCAUCUGCAAAAAAGCAAACUUUAUUAAAUAAAUAAAUAAAUUAUUAAAAGAAAAAGAAACUCUUUGAGAAAGGAAAUAAAACAGCAAGAUUUUGGGUGGCACUUGAAAUGUUGAAUGUCUUUAGGGUUUAUCAGUGCAUCCUUGGUUUCGUCCUCGUCAUCUCCAUCUUUAUUUCCGUUUUUCCAGGUCGUUCAUAACAUUCUUGCAGUUUAAAUUAUAAUAAUAUAAGAAAAAAAGAUGGCAGCUGAGCUAGUCAAUGCUGCAACAAGUGAGAAACUGUCUGAAAUUGAUUGGAUGAAAAAUAUUGAAAUCUCUGAAUUAGUUGCUCAUGAUCAAAGGAAAGCUAAAGAUGUUGUUAAAGCUAUAAAAAAGAGACUUGGUAACAAGAACCCCAAUGCUCAACUCUAUGCUGUCAUGUUGCUGGAAAUGUUGAUGAACAACAUAGGAGAUCCUAUUCAUCAGCAGGUGGUUGAUGCAGAAAUUAUUCCUAUUUUUGUGAAAAUUGUAAAGAAAAAGUCAGAUUUGCCUGUCAGGGAGCGAAUAUUUCUCCUACUAGAUGCAACACAAACCUCUCUUGGCGGUGCUUCAGGAAAGUUUCCGCAGUAUUACAAGGCAUAUUAUGAUUUGGUGAGUGCUGGGGUGCAAUUUCCUCAAAGAGCUCCAAUUGUCCAAUCAAAUCGUCCUAGUUCACAAUCAAAUAGGACUGAUAAUGUACCAAAAAGGGCGCAAGUCCCACUUAGACAUGAAGGGGUUCCUCAAAAGGCAGAAUCCAACACUGUGCCUGAAUCUAGCAUUAUCCAAAAGGCCAGUAAUGUGUUGGAAAUUCUAAAGGAAGUCCUUGAUGCUGUUGAUGCCAAACAUCCUCAGGGAGCAAGCGAUGAAUUCACCCUUGACCUUGUUGAGCAAUGUUCAUUUCAAAAGCAGAGGGUAAUGCAUCUUGUGAUGGCUUCUCGAGAUGAGAGGACAGUUUCCCGAGCAAUCGAAUUGAAUGAGCAGCUUCAGAAAGUUCUAGAGAGACAUGAUGACCUUCUUUCUAGCAAAGUUACAACAACUGUGAAUCACUUUGACCGUGAAGAAGCAGAGGAGGAAGAAGAACCCGAACAGUUAUUCAGAAGAUUACGCAAAGGAAAAGCUUGUGUGAGGCCUGAAGAUGAAGAAACUGAACCUCGGUUCCCUCAAUUGAGUUUGCUUGAAGAGAGACUCAACCGUCCACUAAUAAGACCUUUGGAACCAUCUCAAGAAGCUAAUGCUCGUCAUGUACCUGUUGUAGUUUCUCCUCCAAGUUCAAAACAUGAUGAAGAGCUUCCUCCUGUUGCAAUUCCACCGCCACCUUCAAAGCACAUCGAGAGAGAAAGAUAUUUUCAGCAUAGUAAGGACAGUGGCACUUUGGAUGGCCACAUCAGAGGCCUUUCUUUACAUAGUCGCAAUGGCAGCAGCUCGCAGAGUGGAAGCUUUGAUUUUAGCGAGUGAUUUCUCCGUUUAACUUUGUUUUUGAAUUCUAGAUUUUACCUUUAAAAUAUGGUGUUGGGAAUUUAAGUGUAUUGAGGUUGGUAGAGGGUGUGAAUUGUAAGUAUGCUUCAGUUGGUAAAAUAACUGUAAUAAGGAGCUCUCUUGUGAUAAUUGACCACGACUUGAGGUUUUCUA